AUGUAUUAGACUGAAACAAAGUCAUCUCUAUACGCAUCAAAAUUAAUUUAACAAACAAAUUAUUCAGCUCUUUCAUCAUUACCAAAAACAUAUAUUAGAUAAGUAUAAGCAGAAGGUAAACAAUAUUUUACUAAUCGUUUAGGUGAAAUAUUUAUGGCAGCUCCUUAAAAAUGUGCAAAAAUUUGGAAAGAAUUUAGAAGAAAUGAUUUUACAUAAGUUUAAAUACCAUAUAAAACAGCUCUUUAAGUUUUUGAUGCUUGUAAAGAGGAUUUUUAAAUGAUGUUAAAAAUCUCUAGUGGAAAGGAUUUCUUUGAUUUGUUUGAUUAAGAUAAUGAUGGGUAAUUUGAUUAUAUUUAAAUAUAGAUAUUUAAAUGAAGAUGAAUAAAUUUUAGUAUUCAGCAUUAUAAAAGAAAAAAUGUAAUAAGUUGCAAAUCUAUUGUUAUAAAUAUAAUAAUAUGUUCCUUUCAAAUAAUUGAUGAAAGCCAUAAGAACUCUAGAAUAGAAUAUCUGUGAAUACUAAGACAUUUUAAGAUAGAAGAUUUAUAAAUCAGAAGUUUCAACUUAUAAAGAAAUUGGAUUUGAAAAAUUGGAUGACUUCUAUGAGAAAUACUAUAAUUAUUUCUAAUAAUUUGAAAAUUAGAAAAAAAUAAGAAUGUAUAGACUAUUAUGAAAUUGUUUAGAUAAAUGUAAAUUUAGAAAUAAUCAGAAGAAAUGGGACAAUUGGAAGAUAAAUUAUCAAAAAAUACAGAGUUUUUAAAAGUAAAACCAAAAAGAAAACUAAAAGAUUUAUAAACAUAGGAAAAAUUAGUGUCUUUAGAUGAAAGAGUAGAAGAAGCCAUGGAUUUUCGUAGAGAAUUAAAAAAUAUGGAAAAAGCAGAAUAAGAAAGAGUUGCUUCUGAAUAAGAAAAACGUAUCGAAAGUUAAAAGGAUGAAUUAUAACGUAAACAUUAAAAACAAAUGGAAUAAUUAAAAGCAAAAUUAAUAGAGUAAGAACAUAAACUUAUUAUUUAACUUAAAAAGGAAUAUAAUGUGUUAUUAAAAUAAAUUGGAUUACAUAGCAAUGAAAUUGAUAGAAUAUAAUCUUCAGCUACUCAGAAUGCAAUUAGAAAAGGAGAAAAAGAAGGAGAACUUAAAAGAAUGAAAGAAAGAGCUAGAAUAUAAAAUUUUAUUAUUGGAGAGACUAAAAGAACUAUGACUCCUAAACCCUAAUAAUUAAACACAUCAACUUAUGAAGAUACAGUCAGUUCAUCUCCAAGAUCCCCUGCUGUCCUUUCUAAAUAUGAUAGAGCAGCACAUGAAAUUAAAGUCUUGAUUCAUAAAUAAAAUUACACUUCGUUUUACAUUAAAAAAAAAUAUGGAGCUGUAUUACAUUCUAAAUGAUAAAUAAUUAGGAUUUACCAGUCAAUUAUAAACCAGAACCAUAUAAAUUAUAAGGAGACAAUCAUGAUAGAAUAGAAAAGAUUUUAUCAGUAAAAAAGAAGAAUCCCCAUGAUGUGUUGCCUUCAUUAACAGAAUUGUAUGAUGAAAAUCUUAAAGAAUAAGUAUUUAUAAAUGUUGAUAGUUUUAGGAUAAAGGAAGUACUUAAAAAUCGGAAUAGGAACUAGUUUAGGAAAGAUUAAAAAAGAAAUAGUUUAUAUUAGAAAAACUGGAAGAAUCAACUCAUUGA